CCUGCAAUUGAUGAUAUCUGGUUUGACAAGCAACGAUCAUGAGCGACGCAGACUACCUCACUGUCAGCAAACCGUAUCCACUCAACUUUGAGUGGGAUCAGGAUAAAGAUAUCAUCAAGCAUGUACGCUGGAUUGCUGCAUGCAUAGACUCUCCAAGGCAAUUUUAUGCAUUCCAUUACAAGCCCAGUGCCCCUUCGAUGAUCAUCGUAGAGAUCGAGAAGAAUUGCUCGAAGAAAAGAGAAACUCUCUUAGGCGAGCACCGCUGGAAAGAGUUCCUGCUGGCGCCGUCUGAGGAAGAACGAGAGUAUAUCUCGCAGAUCUUUCCAUGCUUGCACUCUACUGAUCUCGCGCUGAGAAACGAUGGUUGGCACAGAGUCUCGGUAAGGCCCGACUGGUUCAAAGGAUGGUCUCGUACACAAUGCAAGGAUAUCAUGCACCCAUAUCCAACUACUCAUUACUGCACCCCACCCUUUGUAGAUCCGUUAAAUCGAUCACUUUGUCGGCCCCUUCCCCACUCUUUUCUCAAGUUCAGGAAGACGCUAAAGCCUGAUGCUAAGCGUCCUCCUGGAGAGAAUAUUCCCAACGCUCAAGGAGAACGGGUUCAGAAUCGCGGCGAUCCUGCUCAUCCGCCUGGCCUCCCCCCCCAAGACCAGACAAAUACCAGUGACGCGCCUAAGGAAGAUGAAGACGAGUACGAACCUGUCGAGAAUAUAUGGGAACAAAUCACGGAACCAAGUCAGACGUUACCCCUUUGCCCUACCCAUAACCGCGUUUGCAAGAAGGCUAUCUGCGAUACAUAUUACAAGCUGUUGAGGAAUAUCGACAACGAGAAGAAAAACGCAGAAAAGAAGAAGAAGAUAAACGAGAAGAAGAAGGAAAAGAAUGAAAAAAGAAAGAGAGACGCCAGAUUGAAGAGGAGCGGAAAGGACGUGAAAGAGAAGGUAGAUAAUAAAGAUAUCGGCGGAGAUGACGAAAACCUUGCCACCUGGAACAGUUCGUCUUGGGGAGACAAAGGUGGGCAAGAUUGGGCCGGCGACGGGGGUAAAAGUGAUUGCAAAUCACCCAGCCCAGUUCCACCUGUGCUCGUUGAAGAGGAGGAAGAAGAUCCAUGGGCUUGAAAAGAAUAUCCACUGAAUACUGAUGA